UUCGUCGACCGUCGUGCGUGUAACACAAGAGAGAAACGUAAACACGAGGUUUCUCGCCGCGAUAGAAAUUGUAACGAGUUGGAAUAAUGCGUCGUUUCGUUCUUUCACGGGGUGUCUCUUCGCCUACGAAAUCGUCGACCCGUUCGAAUCGUCCCUCGUCUCACCCGCACGAAACGUGGGGAAGAACAAAGGGGAUCGAAGGACUACGCGUCGCGUUGGUUCGUUCGAAGCUCGUCCCGCUUCGUCGUCAAUUUAGCAAGGCGAUAAAAAUGCCUCAUAAAUAUUUAAAGGCGGCGUUGAAUAUUAGUCGACUCAUCCAUGAACUCAUCCUUUUGAGCAACGCGAUCGAAGCGUAAGAAUAAUAAUUCCAAGGCUGGGAGUAGCAUCGCGACACAGGCGUUUCUGGAUUCUUCUCGAAUUCCGAAAGACACGCCGUCUAGAUCUUCUCGCUCCUUCUAGAGAAACGAAUAUCCUCGAGGAAGGAAAAAAAAAAAAAAAGCCAUACACGCGUAGUUUUUAUUAAGAUAUAUAUAUAUACGCUCCUCUUAAGGGAGUAAUGGAGAAAAUCCUUGAACGACGAAGAAGAUUGGAGGCGAAUGGAGUGGAAGACGUAGUGCAUGCUCGAUGGCCUUGGAAUAGCUGUGACCUUGGCACUUGUGGUCUAGGCGUUCGUAGAGUAGGCGCGGCCCUGGGGUACGUCGCUAUGGCGUCGCGACGAGCGUGCGCGAGAAAGCAUCGAGGUGGUUUCCUCGCUCCACCUCGGCUGCACGGAGACCAGCUAGACGGGGCAGCCGGUCAGACGCUACUCAGCCCAGAGCCGCGUCAACGUCCUUCCGUGUGCAACCCUUUCUUUCGACGUCUAUUAAACCGACUACUCGUCCUCUUCGUCUUUUCCUCUUCCCGAAAAACGUAUCUCUCUCUUUCUCUCUCCCUCUCUCUCUCUCUCGUCCUCGUUGCAAUCCUGAACUCUCUCUCUCUCUCUGUACGGUGACAACAGGGGACAGGAAAGCGCAGCCCGUCUCUGUCUCGAGCCCUGUUUCCUUUCGAAAUCGGUGGAAGGAAGGUGGACCCGUGGCUGAUCGUGCGCCCGCGCCCCUCUUCUCGCGUGCACGACGAGCGUGCGUAACGGAACACGGAGCCGACGAAACAUCGGCGGCAAGGCCUGGCUUGACAACGCGCGACCACCUGUAGUUGUGGCCUCGAGCCACCCCUGACGGCUCUCUUAGGGCGGCGAGCCUCCUUCCGUGUGCACCCUCUCCCACCCACGCCAGAUCCUUGGCGUCCUCCACAGGGUCGGACGCGCAUUGCCUGGACCUCGUCGCGUCGUCGGCGAGGAAGAGAGCGGAGCGGAGCGGACCAGAGAGGGCCGGAACCAUCGUCCAGACGCGUGCGAGCCUGCCAGGAUUACCACCAAAAUGAAGACGUCGUCGUUCUCGCUGCGCGUCAUGCGACGGGCGCAUCGCGGGCCGGCUGUCGUGCAGGCCCGCAGCGCCAGUACAAGUAGCUUUAGAAGCCUGAGCCAGGCUCGCAACAAACCAGCAGAUGGAGUGGGCCACGUGAACCAAAAGGGCUCGACAGGUCAGAAAGCGCCGCUGACCGCCGGGCAGAAGGUGGCGCCCGGUGCGAAAGUUGCAGCGAAACCAGCUCAGAAACCCACUGCUCAGAAGGGACAAGUUAAGGUUACGCCUAAGGCGGCUUCUGUCAAGACUGGCAAGAAUAAGAAGAAGGGGCAGAGGCAGCAGUACGACCUAAUCGUGACCAUCAAUUUGUCUGAAUAUGGACUCACGGAGGAUCAAGUGGCCGAAUUCAAGGAGGCGUUCAUGCUGUUCGACAAGGACGAGGACGGCACGAUCACGAUGGCGGAGCUCGGCGUGGUGAUGAGAUCUUUGGGGCAGAGGCCGUCCGAAACGGAAUUGCGAGAUAUGGUGAACGAGGUGGAUCAGGAUGGGAACGGAACCAUCGAGUUCAAUGAGUUCUUGCAAAUGAUGUCAAAAAAGAUGAAAGGUGCCGACGGGGAGGACGAGUUGCGCGAGGCGUUCAGAGUGUUCGACAAGAACAAGGACGGCCUGAUCUCGUCCAAGGAGUUGCGACACGUGAUGACGAACCUUGGGGAGAAAUUGUCGGAAGAGGAGGUGGACGAUAUGAUCAAGGAGGCGGAUUUGGACGGCGAUGGAAUGGUGAAUUAUGAAGAAUUCGUGACAAUCCUGACGUCGAAGAAUUAGUUCAGUGGCCACGAGUCGAACUAGAAGCUAUCCAGCUGCCGGAAGUCUUCGUCGAAGAAGAGAAAUCAAACUCGUCGUCAAGUUCCUCCCCAAAUAUCGUAGCAAGAUGGGAACCCCUUCCCCCGAACCCCACCGUCGAGAAACACCGAUGAAAAAAGUAGCAAGCGAAAGUAAGAAUCUAAGAAAAUUGGAAAACUCUGGAAAAGUGGAAGAAAAUAAGAAAACCGCUACGUCCAAGAGGAUCGAUCGAUCGAUCUCGUUCGACUUAUGGCUUAUGGCUCGCGUAAGGGUAAGUGGUUAUCGAAAGACUGGUUAUCCGAUAGAUCGUGUCUCGAGCGGUGGGGUGACGGGCGACAGGAUGCUAGCUUAAGUUGAAAAAAGGGAAAGAUAGGUGAGGGUGACUUCCGCAGUUGCACACGCAUACACGCAUACACACCUCGCUCCUUCGAAUUAAUUUUACAAGUAUAAGCUAGCGAAAACGACAUUAUACGUGAAAACGAGUGAGGUGCUCGCUCCCGAAACAAUCAACUGAGCUUCGUUUUAGCGUUUACCUACUAUCUAUACUCUCUAUUAAUGCUAUACAACGUCGUUAUUGAAUAUUGUUAGGAAUCGAUCCUUUAUCCAUCCUUCACCGAUCUCAUUUACACGAUAUUUCUGGCAUGACUGUCUCCUGCGAAUCGUUCAAGCCCGGAUCGCAUCUGUCGAUGAUGGCCUAAAAUGUAACUCUGGGAUCGCGCGCGAGAUGGCGUGGAAAAGUACAAAACGGCGAGAUCGUUCGUUACGUGAAAGGAGAGGUUAAGUGCGUUGUUGUAAGAUAUUCGCGAUAGGUGCGUGAAUAAUAAUAAUAAUUUUGAGAAACGGAUUGAAAAGUGAUAUUUUCGAUUAUUGGGAUCCACAGUGAAACGAAGAAGAGAAGCUUGCCAUCACUUUUCACACUUCUAUCGAUCGGUAUUGUUCCUCCAAUUUUUGUAGAUUCGCUUUUAAACGAGACGAAUCCUUCCCCCCUGGCUCGUUGUCGAGUCGAAUUUCGGGUAACAUUAAUUGUCAUUUUACAUUUUAGCCGCGGGACUCGACGCGAGAUAGCUCUAAUAACUGAUCUGUCUUCAAAUCUAGAUGAAUGUCGUUGACAAGUAGGUUAGUUCUAACCGUGAUAUAUUCUCGUGGCAGAAUCUUUAGACGCAUGUUAUCGCGGUUGCCGGAAAGCAAAAAAGAAUCAAAGCAAACGUAGCAGAUUUUUUCCUUAAAUGUACCAACACCAAUCGUAGGAUUUUUUCGGUUUUAAUUGCCAAAAUCUUUUGUACCGGAUAUCUUUCUUUUCUUCUUUUCCUCUUCUUUUUUCUUUCUUCCUUUCUUUCUUUCUUUCUUUCUUUCCCUAACUCUCUCAGACGAAAAGCUGAGAAAUCUCGUGAGUGUAUCGCUCUUGUUGUUAGUCCCGAUUUAGAUUCACGUCCAUAUUCUUCAACUCCUAUACCGAAACACCGUCCACCUAAGAACCUCGACAUUCGAUAUACACCCACCCAUAAAGCCAAUUGUAUUACGUCGUGCACCUUUAGAUCCUUAAGAUAAGAAGCCACAGCCGUAGGUCGCGAUAGAGGAUAGUUAAUUAGCGCAUUAGGAGGAAGUACGUACACGUAACAAAUGAUGCAUUAUACACAUACCUAUUAUAUAUACCUAUACAUGGUGUUACUACCAAAGAUAAUUGAAGUAACGUUAUUAUGGAUAUUCGUAUAUAUUUAGUAUAUACUUAUACAUACAUACAUACGUACAUAUUAUUAUAUAUACAUAUACACGUUAGCGACGUACGUCGGUGGUAUACUGGCAUUGAUAUUUUUAUGGUUUUAAAAAAAUACAACAACAAGAAUAAAUAUUAGUGUCAGAAAGAGAGAACGAGAGAGCGAGAGAGCGAGAGAAAAUGUGAGAAUGAAUGAGAGAGAGAGAGAAAAUAGGAAUGAAAGAGAAUGAGAGAAAGAAAAAAUAUUGGUUGGUUGGUCGAAGCGUGUGUACAUAAAGAAACAUUCAGGAGGGAGAUACGGGGAAACGGGAUAAAAUAAUAAGAAGAGCUCUUAUUAACGUAUUAAAGGGUAAAAAGAUAUUCGUUUUAUCCUUAAAAUAAUAAGUGUCGACGGAUGGUAUGCGAAUAUCAUUAUCGUUAUCGUUGGUCACACGAGGCGGUGAUUUUCACGGAUCGUAUACACGACAUACACAUAGAGAUAGACAAUAAUUUUGUUUUUUAGUUAAGUGAUACGCAUAUAUAGUUACAUUGCGUUGUUCAAUGUUCGAUCGGUGGAUAGAUAAGCUGCGAAAUUUACGGGCAUCACUAUUUCAAUUUAAAUGAGGUUAUCUUCGGGAUAAUUCGAUUUGCUUAUCUAAUUGCGCGAUCGUUCUUUAUGAAUGCCUCACGCCCCUGGCUUACGGUUUUCAAAAAUUUGAUGGAAAAUUAAACAACCGCGAGAUUUUCGUUUCUCUUUUUUUUAUCGUGGAUUUUUGGCACAUUGGGAUUAGGAUCUGAUACGACCCUCUCAUCUUCGAUUUGUAUUUCUCCUUGUAUGAAAUAUUAAAAGAAAAUCUUGUAAUUAUAAAUUAAAUAUUAUUUAUUUAAUUCGCGACCGUCCGACAUCGGCGUGAUGCAAAGGUACGCACAACGUAAUAAAUUCAAAAAGCCGCGAGCUGUGCAAGACAUAAGAAGAAGAAGAAGAAGAAAAAAAAAGAACUAUUAAACACGCAAACAUAAGAAAAAACACAAGACGCUUCGACGGUUAAAAACAUAAAAAGAGCUCGAUAAGUCGACACAAAAUAGUAAUGUAUAACGUCCCGAAGACAAUAUCUUUAACGAUUUUAUUAAAGGAAGAUUAUUCGAGAUUUACCUCGAGAGGAAGGCCUACGUUUUGCCACGUGUGUACGAAAAUGAUAGAUUGUAGAAAGAUUGUCGAGGAGAAAGAGAGAGCGAGAGCGAGAGAACAGGAGGAGGGAAAAGAAAUAUAAACAGAGGAACGAGAAGUUUUUACGAUGCAGGAAAUUACUAAGAAAGGUGCUGUUUAAGUUUAAUCACCUUCGACUUUCAUUUUCGAAUUGUAUCCAUUUGCUUUUAUCUUAUCUAAAUUACAUGCACAUAGUUUCUUGUAUUUACUUUGCAAUGCUCACUUGUUUCCACUUGAAAUUUUUUUCAUAUAUAUAUGUAUACAUACACACACGAUCGUUUUAUUUUUAAUUUUCUUGAAAGAUCGCGACGAACGGGGCCGGUUCAUUUGGAUUUACGCGACAUGCACGAAAAAUUUCACUGCACCCCACAUGAAUUUUUAUUUUCACUUUCCCUCCCAAAGGAAAACUUAUCAAUAAGAGUAUCGACAAAAUGCUGAACACAAGUACAAGAAAAUCGUCAAUAUCUGUAUAGUAUUAUCUCCCCUGUUUAAAUAUCGUUGCUGAAUCACGGACCUCGAUGAACGUUAAAAAAUCCAUCGUUCGGCCACGCAAAGGAGGAUUUCUUGCAAAUUUCCAUCGGAAAUAUUUUCGUUUCGCAAGGCGACAUUAAACGCACAUCUGUCACGCGCGCUUUUAAUAGGUACCUUUCUCAUUAACACGGAUCAUUAGCGAUCGAACGAGGUCUCUGAUUCCUCGCGCGUAUUUUCCAAAUCAAUUGCCUACUUAUCCCGCUGUAUACAUACACACACACACACACACAUAUAUAUCUAUAAUUCCUGGGCGAAAAAAUAAAUUUCCUAUUUUUGCCUCCCGAUGUAGAUGUAUUAAUUCCGUUCUGCGAGUAAUCCGAUGGAAAGGAAAAAUGAAAAAAAAGAAAAAAAAGAAAUCCAUUCGAUCGAAACCCCAGAUUGCAGACAACUCUGCAUUUUUAAAUAUAUUCCUUUCUUCGCGGGAAUAGCGGCAAGACGUCCUGUAGAAUAUUACAGCUCUGUUAAACCGCGUUGUCAACCCUUGUUCAACCCUGAAACGAAAAGUAUUUUUGUAGAAAUACUCUUCGCGCCACAUUUUAUCGAGAUGCAUACAUUAUUAUAUUGUAUUCUAUAUAUUAUAUUACAUUUACGUCAACGUGUACGUGCUUGUACAUAUUAUAUAUCAUAUCGUAUCAUCCUAUUCUGCUGGCAGAUUUCAUUAUAGUUAUUAUAUCUGAACGAAAGAAACGAGACGAAAAACGUUUGAAUUCGUCGUCGCAUAUGAUAUGGCGUUAAAUUGAUCAUAUAUAUAUCUAUAUAUAUAUAAACGUCCUUAAAAAAAAAAAAAAGAGGAAUACCUAUGCAAGUCUUCCUUUUAAAUCUGCACUGUAAAAUCGAAGUUCGAACACGACAGUUCUAGGAUUUAGUUGUAAAAAAGAAUUGUUUUUGUGUCCUCCGCGAGGAUGCGCGUAUAUUACUUUCAAUUAAUUGAAAUCAUUGAAUCUGUAUUUUUCGGAUAGAGUUGCUCAAGCCGAUAUUUCGUGAAUUUUUUUUAACGAUCGAACAGUCGAAACGCCUAACCAGUCGCUGCGAAUCUGUAGAUCAGACUUGCGACGCUCAAAGACUAACGUGACUGAAUAAUUAAUUACAUUAUUUUAUUUUAGAUCUUUUUGAAAAAUUGUACGGGGCUUAUUUCAAAUUCUUCUUUAUGGUACUAAAGAACUUCGAGAUAACUCAUAAAUGCGAGAUGCUCGAGAUAGAUACGCUUGCGUAUUAUACUCAUCAUAAUUAUUAUUACGAGCUUUUCGUCUGUGUUUCGAUUAGCGUCGAAUAGUUUCACUUGUAUUGGAAAUAGAAAGGCGAACUGCGAACGAACCAACUUGAUGACCAUGAUAUUUUUUUGCAGACGUUUGAUUACGUCCGCGAAUGAUUCAGCCGAAGUUUACAUAGUCGAGUCGCAUAAAAAAAGAUCUUUAAAUUUCAAAUUUGCAUUCCUCCAUCAACUCGUCAUUUCCUUGUUGAUCCUUGUUACCGUCUAAACUUUGAUAUUGAUUAAUUUUAACUCGAGAAGAAUCGUUGAAUAUUUGCCGUAUGAAUGCAUUUAUGAACGCAAUGCCCGAAGUAAUCGAACUUGAGGAACGCGCGCUUUUUAGGAAAGCAGUAAAGUGAACGAGAUCUCAACGAGGAUUCGCGUCAAAUGGAUGAUGAUGGACCGUAUAUAUAUAUACAUAUAUAUUAAAAAAGAAACAGGGGAAACGAAAAUUAUUUGAUAUCAGACGAGUUGAUGAUUCGAAGGUGAUCGAAUAAAAUAUAUAUAUAUAUAUAUAUACACAUUGCUAGAGAGGGAGAGAGAGAAAGAGAAACCUCAUUAACUUAGGUGUAUAAUAAUUGUAAAAUCGUUAAAUAAAUGUUACUAUGUUGUAUUAAUCGCGAGGCCGUUUCGCCUCGUCUUGACGAAACAAUGCAAGUGAGUCACUCUGCUCGAAAGAUUCAGACUUUUGUUCAACAACGAGACGGGUUCUCGGAUCGAUUGUUUGUCAUACUAUAAUCAACUGUUAUCUAUGUUUCUCAUCCGUUGGCUGACGUAAAAAAGUAAUGAGUACCUGCGCUUUAUAACGAGAUCACGAAUGAUUUUCAAGAGAACGAGAAGAAGAUAGAAAAUAGAAGCGAAAGAUACCGAUUGCAUCGUUGAAGAUUCGUUCGAUUCGUCGAUCGGAGGGAGAUACCUUGUUCGAGAAAAAUGCACGAUCGAGAUUACGCUUUUUUUUUUUUUUUACGUAAAUUCAGAGUUCGUUACGUGCCAUAGCGUUUAAAGAGCACAUAUAAAUGGCCAAUAUGAUAAAUGAUAUCGAUCAAAUUGUCGAGAAUUAUUAUUGUCAGAGUUCCGAAUGAUAAUCAUCCCGAAUCCUUUGAUUUAUGUUUGUACGCGUACGAUGCGCAACGUGCAUGAUAUCUUUGCGCGUUGAUCCGAGGCAUCUCAAAGAAUUCUUUACUUUAUAAAAAAAAAAAAAAAAAAGAAUCAAAAUUCGAAACAAUUUCUUUGGAUGUCCGGAUGUAUAUACGCAUUGUAAUUCUUCCCUCGUACAUUUAUUUGCUAUUGUUGCGCGCGUGCAUUUUCCUUUCAGUUCGCUUGACGUAAAAGCGAUUUUUAACGUAGUUAUCAUUGCGACUAGGCAAAUACAUUAUAUCGUUGAAAAAUGCAAUCCAAAUACAAAAUGAUGGUCAAGAAUAAUAUUAUUGUAAUAAGGAAACGUCUUUCAUUACUUUAUUAAAUGAUCGCGAGUACAAGUUAUAGUUAAACGAAAAUAUACAUGUGUGUAUAUCCAAUUAUAAAGCAAAUUGAAGGGAGACCCUUUCUUGGUUCUUCGUGGGGUGCAAAUGACUAGUAGUAGAGGAUAUAAUGGUAGGGUGUGGAGGCGAGGAUAAGGUGUAACAAGAGUGAAAAAUUAUCUUCGAGGUGUAUUAAAGGGGGGAAAAAAAAAGAAAAAAAAAAAUAUAAUAGUAAAAACUAAGUCAAGCAGAGAUAUCGCAUUGUGAAUGAGAAUAUUUAUAUUUUUACUUGAGAAAAUGUUAUAAAUAACGUUUGUAACGUAUAAUUCCCAAUUCCCGAUAAGGAAUGUUUAUAACGUUAUUUUUCUAGAUCUAUAUAUCUAAAUAAUUAUUAUUGUGUUAUGACGAAACGUGCUUUAAAGCGUCAAGCAAGCGAGAUUGUAUUUGUAGAUGCAAUACGUACGUAUUUAUCCAUUAUAUAUGUAUUGCGUUUACUUCAAUUAUUUCACUAUCUUAUUCCUCUGUAAGUAACGCGUAUAUCUAAUUACAGGUGUAAUAGCAAUUUAACGAGUUCCAAAUUUUGUCGCGGGCGUUCAUCUGCACAUAAAAUAUAAUCGAUGUGUUUCUCGCGGUGUUCAUUGCAAUUUUUUUACUGUAAAUAUUAUUUAUGUUUAAGUUUAAGAGAUAUCUCUAUCUGUACGAUUAAUUGAAACAUUUAUGAUCAAAACGUUAUUACUACUAAAACAAUAUUUUUUAUAGGAGAACGUUAGCUUUCCUUGUUCUCUUUCGAGUUAAACUGGUGAUUAAUUUCCUUCUCGCUUUAAAAAAAAAAAAUUGAUUGAUAGAAAUAAUUAAAAAGUAAUAAUAAUAAAAUUGGCUAAAUCGAUACGUAUAAAAAAAAAAAGAUUAUAAUAUAUAAAACACAAUAUAUGAAACAAACUCUUUUUUCUUUCGCUGUAUAACUUUUUUGCUUUUUGCGUUUGAAAGCGAUUGAUACAGAAUGGAAAGACGAGAACACUGUUAGUUGUUAAUGAUGAAACUUUAUUAUGCAUCUUUUAACAUUUCUAUUAAUCUACUGUGACGAUUUAUUAAAAUGUUCCUUUAUAUCUUCGUGGAAGAUACUUUGUUCUCUAACUGCGGUACCUGCGAUUGAUGGUUCUUAAUCAGAUUUGCUCCACUCACGUUUCGUCGUAAAGUGGAAAAAACGGAAGUGUUGGAAAUUGUGGCGAGAGUGCAGUAUGUAUGGUGUUAGCUGUAUGAAAUCAUGUUACGUGUAUUGUUAUGUACUGUAAGAUUAGAAUACAUCAUAAAAUGGUGAUGGCGUGUACUGCUGGAAUGUAAUACAUGUAUCGAGUUAUCCCUAAAUACAGCCAUUUUAUAAUGGA